AUGGAUGACAUUGUUUUCGUUGGUGAUUGGAUAAAGGAAAGAGAACUUGGAAAAGGAAGUUUUGGUACAGUCGUAUUAUGGAAACACAAAAGAACAGACGAAAAACUAGCAAUUAAAACGUGUCAAUGGGGAGAUGAAAUGACCGCUAAGCAUAGGGAGCGAUGGACAAAAGAAGUGGAAAUGUUACAGGAUUGUAAAAACGCAAAUAUUGUAGCCACCAAAGAACUGCCUCCAGAAUUUGUUACAGGGUUAGAACGAGCUAACCCUUCCGGCCUACCCAUCCUUUGUAUGGAAUAUUGUAGCGGUGGUGAUCUCCGUCAAGUUCUUAACAAGCCUGAAUCAUGUGCAGGCCUCAAGGAACAACAAAUCAGACAAAUUCUCAGUGACAUAAGAAAUGCAAUGGAAUUUCUUCAUCUGAGUAAAAUUACACAUAGAGAUCUCAAACCUGAAAAUAUAGUUAUGCAUGUACUAGACUCAGUUCAACCAGCUAAUGUGGGUGUUCAAGGCCAAAGAAAAGUUAUAUACAAGCUCAUAGACCUCGGAUAUGCCAAAGAAAUUGACUCCAAUUCUGUGUGUGCCAGUCUUGUAGGAACUUUGCAGUAUUUAGCACCUGAAAUUAUUUACAGUAAGAGUUAUAGUAAUUCUGUAGACUUCUGGUCAUUUGGCCUGGUUGCAUUUGAGCUUAUUUGUGGCACCAGGCCGUUUCUACCAUUCAUGGCUCCUGUACAAUGGAUGCCUUAUGUGAAAAAGAAAGCACAUGAAGAUAUUUGUAUAUAUGAAACUUUUCAUGGUGAUAUUCAAAAUUCAACUGAAAUAUUUCCUGAGAACUAUAUUUCUAAACCAUUUAAAACAUUAUUAGAGCAAUGGUUAAGAAUUGCACUAGAAUGGGACCCAAAAUUGAGAGGUAGAGAUACCCCAUCCAGAGUCACUUUUAACAUACCUUCAGAACAGAAAGUAGCUACCAGCAAAAUUGUAGUAUUUGAUGUACUUAAAAAAGUUCUAACACAAAGAAUAAUAAAGAUAUUCUCUAUGGCAACCUUGUCACACAUAGCAUAUGAAAUUGAUGAAUCAACUACAAUUGCAAUAUUAAAAUCUCAGAUAUACAAUGACACUAAAAUCCCAACAUCAGAACAGAUCCUUGUAACUCAGAUGAACUUCAUGGAGCUGCGAGAUGAUGAUUGUGCCGUUAAAUAUUGGAAUGAAGAUACCAUGUUGUACCUGUACAACAAGACGAACUUAAUAAAAGAUUAUGUUGAACCUACUGUACCAAUCGCUGUACAAAGAUGUUUAGAACAUCCAAAAGCUCUAUACAACUUCAAAAACAGCUAUGAUUUAUACAAAAGCGGCUUGUACUUUGUCAUGUCUCAAAUGGAAUUGUAUGAUUCGUUAAUCAAUGGCUUCUUUGUCAGAGCAGAAUCCCUAAAAUAUGAAGGAAAACAAUUAUUACUUAAGCACAAUUCUGUUGAUAAGGAUAUUGCCAGUCUGCUUGCAAAACAAGAAAUCCUAAAACAAUUAGUUGACACUGGCAAAGAACAUAUAAAGCAUCUAAGAGAAACCUCUACUGGAACAAAUUUACUUGGCGGCUUUGAUAAGACCUUCAAAGACUCUGACGAUAUAACUGAAAGAAUAAAUAAGCUGCAAACUGCUUGGUCCCAACUUACUGUGAGACUUCAAUCAGCCACGAGACGAAGCAAUGAAGUUAUAACAAUAGAACUCAGUAACUUUGUCACAAAAUUUAACUAUCAAGUAGUAUAUUCAAAUGCUUAUAAAGCAUACCUGUCUUAUAAGAAAGCUGAAUCCAUGAACAGAGGCAGAGAGAAACAGUGCCAAGAUAUAGUUAAGGUUUGCUACGACUGUCUCAAACUUAGGAGUAAGAUUUUGCAAGAAAUUCGAUCACAAGCAUUUGUAAUGAAGCUAAUGGAUUUGAGUACUGAAUUUGCAAAGAUUGGGGAUAUUGUAUCCCAUGCAUCUGAUAACACCAACAAACUGGUUAACGAUCUCAAUUUGGUACUAAAGGAAUUAACCGAUUGUACUUGGUCAACUAUAAGUCUUGUGGUUAAGGAUGCUGCAGGAUUGUCAGAAGUUCCCUACAGUGUGGUCUCAUUUGAGAAGAAAGACUUUAAAAUUGGUGAACCGGUAUCCAAUCACUGCAUCAAGAUGACUAACCAAGUUAAAGAAGAAGAUGAAGCGUUUAAAUCUCUCAUUGAAGAGAGUAUGAAAUUGAGAAAGAGUCAAAUUAAUUUGUCUUUGAAAUUAAACUCUCAGAAAGAGCUUUUACAUAAAUCAUUUUAUGAUUUCAGUUUCUUGGAUGAGGCUUAG